ACAUGGAACACAAAAUGCAUCCCGAUGUGGAGCAGAUGCUGGCAGAGUUCCAGCUUCACGAAGAAGACCUGCAGGUAUUGUUGGACAGGUUGCAGGCAGAGAUGGAUCGAGGUCUUCACCUGGAGACCAAUGAAGAAGCUAGUGUGAAAAUGCUGCCUACUUACGUACGAUCUACACCUGAUGGCUCUGAGGUUGGUGACUUUCUGGCCUUGGAUCUCGGUGGCACAAAUUUCCGUGUGAUGCUGGUGAAAGUCGGAGAGGAUCUGGAUGGACUGUGGAAAGUAGACACAAAGCACAAAAUGUAUUCGAUUCCUGAGGAUGCGAUGACAGGAACUGCAAAGAUGCUGUUUGAUUACAUUGCUGAAUGUAUCUCUGAUUACCUGGACCAGCAGAACAUGAAGCACAAGAAGCUCCCGCUGGGAUUUACCUUCUCCUUUCCUGUUAGACAUGAAGACAUUGACAAGGGCAUACUUCUGAACUGGACCAAAGGUUUUAAAGCGUCAGGAGCAGAGGGAAACAAUGUGGUUGGGCUGCUAAGAGAUGCCAUCAAGAGACGAGGGGAUUUUGAGAUGGAUGUUGUUGCCAUGGUGAAUGACACUGUUGCUACAAUGAUAUCUUGUUACUAUGAAGAUCAUCACUGUGAAGUUGGCUUGAUAGUGGGCACUGGCUGCAACGCCUGCUACAUGGAAGAGAUGUGCAAUGUGGAGCUGGUGGAAGGAGAAGAGGGACGCAUGUGUGUCAACACAGAAUGGGGAGCAUUCGGGGAUACGGGAGAACUGGAAGAUUUCAGACUGGAAUAUGACCGAGUGAUAGAUGAAGGCUCUCUAAAUCCUGGUCAGCAACUCUACGAGAAGAUGAUUGGUGGAAAGUACAUGGGCGAACUAGUCAGGCUGGUCCUGAUGAAAAUGGUGAAUGAAAAUCUGGUGUUUGGUGGCGAGGCCUCUGAAAAACUGAAGACAAAGGGAAGUUUUGAAUCACAGUUUGUGUCUCAAGUAGAAGGAGAUUCUUCAGAUUUCAGACAGACUUGCAACAUCCUGCGGACACUGGGCAUGCAGCCCACACUGGCGGAUUGUCAGGCUGUGCACAUGGCCUGUGAAAGUGUGUCCACACGAGCGGCUGUUAUGUGUGGUGCUGGCCUGGCCGGCGUACUCAAGCAUAUGCAUAAAAACCGAGGUGACGACAUUCUGCAGAUCACAGUGGGAGUGGAUGGAUCCGUUUACAAGCUCCACCCCACUUUCAAAGACAAGUUUCACGCUACAGUUCACAAGUUGGCCCAGUCUUGUGAUAUUACCUUCAUCCAGUCAGAGGAAGGCAGUGGUAGAGGAGCUGCUCUGAUAUCUGCAGUGGCUUAUAAAAUGGCUUGUCUUAUUGGACAUUAA